GUACGAAAUGCAUAAAGUUGGUUUAUUAACAUUGCUGCUGGGAUUGGGACUGCUGCUCUGCGUUGAUGCUGAAGGCGGCGCUACUGAGCUUGGCAGCAAUCGCAGUCAUAGCGUUGCUUGGGGCGCACGCAUAUUCCGGGAUACGCAUCUGGAGCGUGUUAUCAUCACGCAAAAGUCCAAAUGGCUGCGUGUCGUCACACGUGACUAUCACUUUCAGCAAAAGUCUUUGCAGCAACUGACACGUCGCAUUACUCAAAUUGUCAUUACCGAUCAGGUGGGCGACGGCAAGGGCGGAUAUGCCAGCUUAGUCGAGGGUGGACCACAAAAUACUUUUGCCAAAAUUCAUUUCAAGAGCCAACGUGGACUCAGCUUUAGCUUUAUUGUCGAUAUCUAUGGCAUUUAAUAAACAAUUUAUACUUAAAUGAGCUCAAUUGAGUUCUCACACCAAUUGUUUGUCAUAGU